AUGGCCCGAACAGUCACGUCCCCGAACCGCGCGGGAGGCCGGUCCUCCUUGAACGAUGCUGGCCGUCCACGCGCUGGCCCAUCAGGAGGAGGAAAGACGAGCGGGAAGAAUACGGCCAGGAAGAGUACGGGUGGUAAAGCUCCUAGAAGGAGUGGGCCGUCGAACCCUGCUCCAGCGAGACCGAAUGACCCAGCACCUCGCAAGAAACAUCGUUUCCGCCCCGGUACCGUCGCUUUGCGUGAAAUCAGGCAGUAUCAGAAGAGCACGGAUCUGCUUAUUGCCAAAUUACCAUUCUCCCGAGUCGUGAGAGAAGUAGCGAUGGAUGUGGCUUCGGCGGAUGCUACGGAACUGAGAUGGCAGAGCUCGGCAAUUAUGGCGUUGCAAGAAGCAGCAGAGGCGUUUUUAGUCCAUCUGUUUGAAGACGCCAAUCUCUGUGCCAUCCACGCCAAACGAGUCACCAUCAUGCAGAAGGACAUUCACCUAGCACGACGGAUCAGAGGACAAUGGGCUGGCUUGGGAUAA